UUGACCACCGCCCCCGGUGCACUCUGCAGUGCGCUUGGGGUGUACACUGUACAGUGUUGUCGUCUUCUCUUCUCUUAUCCUACGCACACGCUACUGUACAAAAGCCAAAGCCUCUUUUUGCAGUGACGAGACUGCGAAAAUGGCAGAGAGGAGUCUUCUCCAUCUUGGUUUCGAUCUCUAGGGCUUCGCGACGACAUACGACGUGUCGUUUGCGCAUUCCCUUUUUUCUCGAUCGGCGCUUUUCAUGGUCGUUAUUCCAUCGUCGUCAUCCUCACCGUCAGUCUGAAUCGCUUCAGACUCUCUCUCAGCUGCUACUUUUCUCGGUCCAUUGCAUGCGAAAAGGGGACAUAUUUCAUCAGACCUCGUCGUUUUACGGUGAUAGGUUGCUUUCGUUGCUCUGCACUUGCAGGACAGUUGUUGCUGUGCGUCUGUUUUGUUCUUUAGUCGCUUGAAGGAGUGUAAUUAUUGUACGGACGGCGGGUUUUCUUUAUUUUUCUUGUAUGUUUUUGGGUAUUUUCAGAAACAAAAAUUGGGUUUGGAGGAAAUGUGAGUCCUUUUUGGUGAAAUGGGAUUUUGGUUUUUGUGUGGUAGAUUUAUUUGAGAGUGGAAAGUGAGGUUUUUGGGUUUUGAAAGAAAAGAGCUUUGAGGUUUUUCAUCGGUGGCGGGGAAGAAAAAUGAAUGAUUCUACAGGGACAACGGCGUCGUCUUUGGCGAUAGCAGAGAAGAAGACGCAUAGGCCGGGUGGUUGCGUCGGUAUUUUCUUCCAGCUCUUCGACUGGAACCGCAGGUUCGCCAAGAAGAAGCUCUUCUCCAAGAAAUUGCUUCCUCCAUCUCGAGCAAACAAAGUUUCCAAGAAGUUUAGAGAUGAGAAAAUGCCGGUUUCGAAGCUUCAUUUGAUUGCUGAUGAAAACCGUGGGGGUUUCCCAAAUGCGAAGAAAAAUGUGAAUCGUAGCUUUGAUUUUGAGCACAAGCAUGAAUUGCGAGCUCCAAGUUUGGUUGCUAGGCUUAUGGGACUUGAAUCCAUGCCCGCCACACACGAGAAGCCCAAGAAAGCUUCCUUUGCUAAUGGUAGGGGCAGCGGAGAGAAGACAUUUGUGAAUAACCAUAGUGGUAAUGAUAGAGAUGAAUUGAAUUUGGAGACGGAAAAUGCAAAGCCUGAAUCGAGGCCUCAGAAGCUUCAGAAAAUGGGACCAUAUGAGAAGAGGGCAGUGACUAGGUUUGGAGCCGAGGCACUUCAAAUUAAGAGUGUUUUGUCGCGCUCCAGAAAGCAUCACCCAAAGCUUGCUUCUCCAUUGAAGAGUUCGAGUAUUUCCUCUGGGAAGAAUUCUUCGCGAACUUCUCGGUUGAUUGAUGCUGCUACUAGAAUUUUGGAACCUGGACUUCAGUCUACGAAUAGAGCAAAAGGUGCUCUCACUUACUCGCGUUCUUUUCAUUAUCCUUCAGUGGAUGAGGUUGUGGAAGAUGGAACAGCAGUUCAAUCACCGGGGAUUUCUAAUCAAGCAUGUUAUAAUGGUGGUGCAGUCAACUCUAUGAUGGGCCAAACUUCUUGCAAAAGUUGUGGUAAUAUAGUAGAUGUGGACGUAACAUCAAAUGUGGAGGAGCAACAACCUGCGUUCCCAUCCUUUGCUUCAAACUUAGUCAAUAGCUCUUCGCUAGUAGCAGAACAAAGGCCAAAGUCAUCCAUAUCCUCCUUUGGGCAAGAAAAUGAUGCAAUUUUCCAGGGAUCUAGGAACCAACCUGUAUCAGUUCAUGGUCAAAAGAAAAUACUAUCCAUUGGUGAACCUGUAACAGAAGGGAAGUGUCUGCCACCAGAAGGUCUAGCUUCAUGGCGGUUGUCGUCAAGUCAACCAUGCAAGCCUCAAAAUGGAGAAGCAUCUUCUAUUACCUCAAAGAAUAGGUCUCAGAUGCAGCAUCGAAUGUCACUAGGAAGAGAAAGGAUUCCACCCAGAUCCAAACUAAAUAGUCUUGAUGGCAGAAGAGCCUCAUCUGCUGCAAAUGCUGUUAGAGGGACCAAAGACUUUGUUGCUUUGAACCGGAAUCUGAGUGGUCGUGCCCAACCGAGGGUGCCUACCAAAGUGAACGAUUCUAAGUUAGACACAGAGAGGAAAACUUUUCCUGGAAAAGAUGACUACCCAUCACAGCUAAGAACAACAAUACGGAAAAGGAGGAUGAUCAAUGAUAGUGGCCAAGUUGAAAGUAGUGGUUUUGUUAGUUCAACUUCCACAAGACAGGAGAAUUAUCAGUUUGAUAAGUCAACUGGCAAAGGGUUAGGAAAUGGUGCUCAUUUGAUGGACCACACUUCUGCUAGGAAUAAAUUAGCCGGUCGGAGAGAAGGUAACAAAGCAAAUGGCAAUAAGGACACUGAUGUUAUUUCAUUCACAUUUAAUUCCCCUAUCAGGAAGAAGACUGGAAACCCUACAGGAAUGCAAGGUACAAGCACAGACAAUUGCAUAAAAUCACCUCCCCAAGAACCAUUACCAUUGAGUGGAGAUGAUAUUGGUGCCCUUCUGGAACAAAAACUGAGGGAGCUUGCUUGUCAAGAAGAUGAUGACAUGGCAACAGGUGCUUCAUCCAAGAGGUCCACUGCUAUGAUUCUCCAAGAGCUAAUAUCUGCAUUGUCUGCAGAUCGUUCUCUUUCUCAUGACGGACACAUGGCCAAUACAGAUAUAGCAUCACCUGUUCGUGGAAAGACAGAUAGAUCGGUUGGAAUCUUUCAUGAUGGUCAUCAUUUGAGCCCUGGGUCUGUCCUUGAAGCUUCAUUUUCUUCUAGUAGUCUGGAUGAUAGCUCAGGGAAUAGGUCCGUCUACCCUCACUCAACGGAUUACUCUGAUGAUCAGUUGCAAAUGGGUCAUGAUACUGAUAGUGUAGACUCUGCCACUUCAGUGGACAAAAAUAAGACUGGCGGUGAGAUAAUUACUGCUCUUUUCAAUAAUGUAUUGAGGAUAUUGCAUAGCAUCGAUGCUGGUGGGGAAAGAUUGAGUGGAGGCAAGCUCACCCAUGCAAAUGAAGUUAUAUUGAAUGCUGAACUAUUGUUUGGAGAUGUGACUCUGCACAAUAAGGGGAACAUAAUGGAAGGUCUUUUCAUCAGUCCCUUGCUUCUUGAUCUGGAAACUAUUGCCGACACCAUGAUGACAAAAUUCUGUGUGUUCAGUAGUUUUGGGGACAUCAAAGAACUUGGUGAAUUCCUUUUUGACUUUGUCAUAGAGUACUUAGACUCAAAAUAUGGCCGGUGCUGCAAUUCCGGAUUCAGAGUUUGGAAAAAACUCCCCGUAGGCAUGAACCAGAAGUUGAUGAUUCAAGAGGUUCGGGAGGAGAUUCAGAAGUGGACGGAUUUGGCUGGAAUGAUUCCUGAUGAGUUGAUAGAAUGGGACAUGAGUCAUUCCCUGGGUAAGUGGACAGAUUUUAAUACCGAAGCUUUUGAGAUCGGUUCUAAAAUUGACGGAGACAUUCUUCAAAGUUUGGUUGAUGAAGUUGUGAUCGACUUCUUUGAGUGCCAGCUGCUGGGUUCCUUUUGAAAUUCAUGUAAACUCUAGCUACCAUUUUUUGAGUUCGUAUGGUCUUUGAUCAGCCAUGUCACAUGUUAAAUUCUGUCUGUUAAACCAAGCAAAUGUAUUCUUUUGUACAAAUCAAUGGAAGGCUUAGUUCAACUUUAAGAUCA